AUGCAUAGCACAUUAUUCGACGCAGAAAUAAAUCAUAAAUUGUCUCAAAAUAUACAUGAUGACUUUGAUCAACAUAUUGAUAGAAUGGGGGCUGGGAUCAUGUUUGGAACGAUUAUAAAUCAACCUACACCAUAUGAAAAUGUUUCUUCGGACAAUAUUGACCGUGUUGACGGUCAGGACGACACCAUAGGCAAUAUCUCUGAAUAUAGCUGUGCUUCCACAAGUAACAAAAAUGAAAAAUCUGAAUUACUUCAAGGUAAAAAGUUUGCUUACACUAACGAAGCAACUUCUUUCUUUUCCAGUAUACUAGAGGCCUUUGAUGAUGGCAUUCCUCUUAAUACGCAAAGGUUUGAUGGAUUCCAAGACGCUGAAGAAAGAUGGCAAGAUAAAAAUUUGCCCUCAGUCCCAAUGAUUUCUUCAAAUAGUUUCAUUUAUUCAAUCGCUGGGACAGCGUCCUCUGCCGCUAUUGACUCUCAUGUGUCGCAAGAAAUGCAAAAUCUUCUUUCGCCUCACGUAGUUAACCAUAAUAGCUCCGCUGUAUCUAAAGAGGCUCCACCUAUUUUGAAUAAAGAUGUAACCUCUCCAAUUUCUCCUCAAAUAUUCACUUCUCCCACGUCAGCUACAGUCUCUUCUUCAGGUAGUGAGUCACCUGAAGAAGAGCUUCUGCCUGGAAAAGAUGGUUUAUACAGGAAAAAAUAUUGCUGUAACGUUUGUGGGAAACGUUUCAAGAGGCCCUCUUCCUUGAGUACACACACUAAUAUACAUACUGGAAAAAAACCAUUCCAUUGUCCCCUGGCAAAAUGUACAAAGACUUUUAAUGCUAGGUCAAACAUGUUGAGGCAUUAUAAAGCUCAUUUCAAGUUAGCGUCAGGCGUAUACUUAUUACCAAAUGGUGAAAUAACGGCCAAUCAGCCAUCAACAAAGCAACUUCUAGUCCCCUCGAAGCGUAUAAAUACUCGUGGGAACUAUGUAGCCGUGAUUCCAAAGGUAUAG